AUGAAUUUUGAUCUAUCUGAUGCCGGUAUGCAUCAGAGACUCCAACUAUCUGAGUUGGAGGAACUUAGAAAUGAUGCCUAUGACAAUGCUCGGAUUUACAAGGCUAAAACCAAAGCCUACCAUGACAAAUUACACAUUUUUUCAGGUAAGUUGAGAUCCCGUUUGGAUGGUCCUCAUGUUGUACAUAAUGUUUUCUCUCAUGGUGCAGUAGAAAUUUUGAAUCCAGGGAAUGGUGACAUUCUCAAGGUCAACGGUCAACGCCUAAAGCCAUUCAUUAAGUUGCCUACUGCCACUACGGAAGAGGUCAUGGAUCUCUAUGAGCCUCUUUACUUUGAAGAUUGA